AUGUUCCCAGUCGCAGUGAAAGAUGAUGUUAUCCCUCUUGGUAAACCUGUCGAGAUUCGAAUGGUAAUCUUUUGGACACAAUACAAGUCUGCAAAUGCCAGAGUGAACCGCAAUAAAACAAUAUGGGGUACCAACGCAGCUGAAUUCGAACCCGAGAGCUGGAAACCUGAUGCCGCUCAUUCUCAAGCCAAUCAGUCACUGUUGAUUAAGAUAUUCAACCAACAAUGGCCAUUUUUGCUGCCGGAUGAACGCUUCCGGGCUCAGUUUGCCUCGCUGAUCAGUUCUACCGAUCUUCCGGGCAGCCGUGCCGCUUCAGCCUUACCCUUCAACCCCAACCGCACCAUCAAGAGGUCUAAAAUAGUGGUGCUGCGAGAAUGCAUUAGGGCUUUAGAGCUUCGAAUGCCGCCGCUUUUCGUGAUUGCAAAGGUCUAUUACGAUCAAUGGAUGUCUGCGCUGCACGUUCUCCCAGGUCCUCCCAGCUCUAGUUGGGUAUAUGGAAAUAUGAAAGAGAUGCUUGAAGCAGAUAACUUCAUGCUGCAGGAUAAAUGGGUAGAGGAAUAUGGCUCAACAAUCUCAUAUAAAGCUUAUUUUGGGUUAAAUCGAUUUUACACUGUAGAUGUAAAAGCGAUCAGUCAUAUUCUGAAGAAUGACUACAUAUAUCAGAAACCAGAACAUGCGCGUUAUUCCCUGAGCCGGUUUUUAGGCAAUGGAGUGCUUGUUGUCGAAGAAGACAAGCACAAGCAGCAGAAUCCUGCGUUUGGCCCUGCCCAAAUAAGAGAGCUGACGGAAAUAUUCGUUGACAAAGCUAUUGAGCUUCGUGAAGUUUGGAAAAAAGAAGUAAACAGCCAAGGCGAAACAGGACAUGUAGAAGUCCUUUCCUGGCUCAGCAAAACUACGCUUGAUGUCAUUGGGCAAGCCGGUUUUAACUACAGAUUCAAUGCUUUGACUAACGGCAAGAAUGAAUUAAACGAUGCCUUCAAAGUUCUCUUUCAAUCCUCCACUAGGAUACCUUUGAUAAAGGCACUCAUUCCUGCCCUACGUGUUAUUCCAUCCGAGGGAGACACCAAAGCCAAGGUUGCAAUGACGACAAUGAAACGCAUAGCCAACGAACUAUUACGAGACAGCAAAAUGGGCCUCAUGGCAGAAGACAAUAAUAUUAAGAUGGAUGAUUACUCACUGAAAAGACGAGACUUACUGUCGCUAUUGGUUCGGGCAAACACUUCCAAAGAUCUCCCUGCCCAUCAACGUAUGUCCGAUGAAGAUGUAAUGGCUCAGGUCCCUACCUUCCUUGUGGCAGGCCAUGAGACUACAAGUGUCGCAACAACAUGGGCACUGUAUGCACUCUGCGUGGAUAUACAAAUUCAGGAGAAACUUCGCGAAGAACUUUUUGCCGUUGACACCGAAAACCCGACCAUGGAUGUGUUAAACUCACUGCCAUACCUUGAUGCAGUUGUAAGAGAAACUCUUCGAGUACACGCUCCGGUUGGAUCCAGUAUUCGAGUUGCUGUCAAGGAUGAUAUCAUUCCACUUGGUAAACCAAUUCGUGAUAGGAAUGGAAAUCUUUUGGGCGCAAUACAUGUUUGUAAAGGGCAAAGUAUCCUCAUCCCUAUUCUUGCUUUAAAUCGCGAUAAGUCGAUAUGGGGCGACGACGCUGGGGAAUUCAAACCAGAGAGAUGGAAAAGUGUCCCCCAAAGUGUUGGGACAAUUCCGGGAGUUUGGGGAAACAUGAUGAGUUUUCUUGGUGGCCCUCGUGCAUGCAUCGGAUAUCGAUUUUCUCUGGUGGAGAUGAAAGCUCUACUGUUUACCUUGCUUCGAGCCUUCGAGUUUGAGCUAGGCGUUCCUAAGGAAGAUAUUAUGAAGAAAUCCAGUCUAGUCGAUCGUCCACUCCUCAAAUCAGACGUGGCGGCUGGAAACCAAAUGCCACUCAUCCUCAAGCCAGUUGGCUGUCCUCAUUAA